GGGGAGAGGAAGCUGCGAGCCGUUUGCAAUCAAGCGUGGACUUAAUUUGCUAGUACGAUCCCGAGUUCUUGACUUAAAAGGGAAGAUAUUGUGAAGAAUUUGCUUAACAGUGUCAGUAAAUUAGCAUGCUUCCUCACACGACUGUAAUCUCCGAUCAUUAGGGUUAUGGAGCUGACUGGACAACGGAUGUGUUUGCUGCAGGCCAGUCCCAACAAACGCAGAACAAAUUCGCUAAGAAUUUUUAUGUUGUUAGGGUUUUGCUGGGAUUGCAGUGAGCCCUAUGCAAUGGGAGUAAACCAGAUCCGAGCGGUGGAAUUCUAUGCAGGAAGCAGGUGUGGAAGGAGAGGCACCACAAGACAUUAUUACUGGUGUUCCCACUCAAAGAAACUCUUUAUCAUUUCAUUGCAUCACCUUGAAGAGAAGAGGAAAAGUGCUGAAAUCUGGAGGAGGAAUCACCUGCGGGAUCACUGAACUGUUAAUAGAUCGAGAUUGGAGGAGGAUGUACCAGCAGAGAACUUGAAGCUUUCUUUAGUGUAUUACGCUUCACGGGGGAAUCUGCAUUGUAAGUCCUAGAUGUGAAGCAAUCCCAUGAUGCAACAUGUGUCCCCUGCAUCAUCACUGACCAUGAUGGCAACCCAGAGUGUACCCCCUCCAACAUACCAAGAGAGUCAACAGAUGACAGCCACGGCCCAGCAGACCACCAAGACGCAGCCAGUGCAUAUCCCAUCUUCCUCUGCAGCUGCCACCCCUGUGGCGACUGUACCACUCGACCCUCAAGCACAGCUGGAGUCUGACAAGAGAGCAGUGUACAGACAUCCGCUCUUUCCACUCCUCGCUCUUCUGUUUGAGAAAUGCGAGCAGGCAACGCAGGGGUCAGAGUGCAUUACCUCGGCAAGCUUCGAUGUUGACAUUGAGAACUUCGUUCACCAGCAGGAGCAAGAGCACAAACCCUUCUUCAGCGAUGAUCCUGAGAUUGACAGCUUGAUGGUAAAAGCCAUCCAGGUUCUGCGGAUCCACCUGCUGGAGUUGGAGAAGGUCAACGAACUUUGCAAAGACUUCUGUAACCGCUACAUCACGUGCCUCAAGACAAAGAUGCACAGCGACAACCUGCUACGGAAUGACCUGGGGGGCCCAUAUUCUCCAACAGCAGUGUCCCACGCCCUACCAGUGCAGAACUCUCCAGACUCUCUAACAACAAUAAACAACGCUGUCAACUCCCAGGGAAUUGUGGUACCGACAUCUGCCCUACAACCAGGGAAUGCUGCCAUGGCAACACAGGUGGUAACAGGUGGAACAAUUUACCAGCCAGUAACUAUGGUAACCUCUCAGGGUCAAGUGGUGACCCAGGCCAUUCCGCAGGGUACAAUACAAAUCCAGAACACGCAGGUGAAUCUGGAGCUCACCUCUCUCCUACAGGAUGGAGAGGACAAGAAGUCAAAGACUAAACGUGGUGUCCUUCCCAAACAUGCCACUAACAUCAUGCGCUCCUGGCUCUUUCAGCAUCUUGUGCAUCCGUACCCAACAGAGGAUGAAAAGAGACAGAUAGCUGGACAAACCAGCCUCACGCUCUUACAGGUCAACAACUGGUUUAUCAAUGCUAGGCGGCGUAUCCUCCAGCCAAUGCUCGAUGCCAGUAAUCCCGACCCUGCUCCUAAAGCCAAGAAGAUCAAAUCCCAACACCGGCCAACUCAACGUUUCUGGCCAGACUCUAUUGCAGCAGGAGUACUACAGCAGCAAGGAGGGAAUCCCAGCAACCCAGACAGCACUAUGACCGCGGCCAUGGACAGUCUGCAGACGCUCUCCUCUGAUACUGCCACCCUCGCCAUGCAGCAGGCCAUGAUGGCUGGCCAUGCAGGCGAUGACUCAUUGGAUGGAACCGAUGAGGAAGAAAUUGAAGAGGAGGACGAGGAUGAAGAUGAUGACAACGGGGAACUGCAGACGACCAAUGUUAAUGACCUGGGCCUGGACAAUAGUGACUCUCUUGACUAACUGCUCUGCUUACAUGCAGAGGAGACAGAGGAAAAAAAAAUGACCAGUGUGCGGACUUUUUUUUAAAAGAAAUGAAAGACUCUUCUCUAUGAACAAGUCGCAUCAAGGUGACAGUCAUAAGAAUGAAGGCCCCCGUGUCUAGAAUCUAUUUUGUGAUUUAUUCUGUAUUAAUGAAUGUUAUUGUGAAUGUAUCCUUCAUUUUUUUUUCAACAUUUGUUUUACAUUUGUAUUUUUUACUUGGCUGGUGUGGUUGUAUCCACAGCCCUCAAUGCUUCUGGCUUCACAUUUGGACUGAGGCUUUUCCUAACAUUAGGGAGAGAGGGUCGAAAAGGUGAGAUUGUGUCCAUCAUGCUCUCACUCUGGCUUUCCAACCAAAAUAAAUAUUGAUUGAAAAAGGGCAGAAGCUGGUUGUUUGACGGGUCACUCCUUUCCCUGCUUGCCUUCCAGGUGGCUCCCAGGACCUGAUGGACCUCGAUUUGAAUUGUAGAGUAGGUUAGCAGCACAUGGUUGACAACGCUGAUUGAGUUCAUUCAUAGCUCUUCAGUUACAUGACCUCCCCACCUCUGCUUCCUGCUGCUCUUUCCAGCCAAGCUCUUUUUGCCCUGUUUGAUACAUUUUAUUUAUAAAAAGAAGAUUCUAAAAAAGUACAAUCUUUGACUGACCCCUUGAUUCUUAGUCUGUUUGGCGUUUGCUACUGUGACCCAAGAUUUGAUGUCUGAAGUCUUUAGCGUAAUCUGGUGUGGGUGGGAUUGAGGUGUUGGUAACCUUAUACUGCAAACCUCAGGCUACAGACAGUUUCAAAAAGUAUCAAUGAAGGUUUUGCUAUCAUCUUGACGUCAGUUGAUGGCACCAGAUCUUGGUAUUCCCUGGCACUGCCACUUGCCUGGUUUCUAAAUGGGCACUCCAAGUUUUUACUUAGCUGUCCUGAAAUUUUUCAAAUAUACUGUUUUCUAGAGAUGAAAUUUAAGCACUUUCUUUUCCAUUAGAUGUUUUCCAUAUUUACAGGAGAAUGGCCUAUCUUGCUGUGUUCUGAAGAAAUCACUUGAACUGUGAUCGUGAUAAUAUGCUUAAUCACUUCCUGUUCCCAUGUAGUACAAAUUCUGAGGUGUUGCACCUGUAUAUCCUGCAAUUGCCUUGCUUCUAGUUUCGUUCAGGAGUAAAAGGGAUUAAAAAGGCCUUUGUCAAACCAUUUCCCAGCUGGACAGUUAAUACGGUCUACUACGUAUCAAAAUUAUGAAGUAUCACCCACAGGCCAAUAUUUAACACAAGUGAGGUAAGGUAGAGUGGGCUGCACUCAAGUGUUUCAUGAAUUACCCUCAAAGGAUGACAAAAUAGGAGGAGCAUAUUCUGUCUGUCAUGUUUUCCCCUGGAACUCUCAUACAUUGUGGCUGACUGAUCUGUACCUCAGUUCCAAUUACCAGUCCUUGUUCCAUAGUCACCUGGAGUGAUAUCAAAAAUGACUCAUAAUUUGAGAUGCCUGGAUAUGGAAAGGUUCAAAUUGCUGCGGUGAGUUUGCCCUCCAGCAGGGUAUUUUGCCUGAUACAACAAUGCUUACAUUAUCUUCCAUAACAUAAGGAACUGAGUGUGGAUUAAUACUACAACAAUCAACUGCAAUUACAAUAAUUGCUACAAUAAUUAAUUUAUGACACUAAUUACAAUCUACUUUAACGUACAAAGAUCACAUUCCUCAGGUGCAAAAGUGUCUGGGCUAUUAGCUUACAACAGAGAAGCAUAGUUCUAAUAGAGCAUCAUGCUUCAAGUGAUCUCAAAUCAGAUGGAGUGUGAGAUCUUCAUACCCUCAGGUCACAUGCUAUCAUUCAGUAAUGGUAUCAUGAGCAUGACUCUUCAUGGUGUUCUGACAAACUAACGAGAGACAUAAUGUACCAUCCCCCAUUUUCCAGAGAUUAAAGCAUAUCUCAAACAGAUAUGCAUGGUUGGAUGGAGGCACGUGUUGUCAAUUCCAGCAAGUAAAACCGAAUUUACAAGACCAAUAUUUCAGACAUCAGUAAGGAGUUGG